AUGACCUGCGACCCCAGCCCCCUGGCGGCAUCUAAACACCCAUCGGCCAAGGCCCCCAAAAAAGUCUGCACCAAAUCCCGGACACCGAGCGUUGAUGAACCCCCACCACCCAGGCGGUCUUCCAAACCCACCCCAGCCGAAGAGCUCCUCGGGUACGUCGAGGCUCCGGAGCCACCUGUGUUGGACCGAGUGCUGGAUAUCGGGCCAGAGCCCACCAGCCUCCCAGCCCCCACCAGCCUCUCAGACUCCAGCCCCACUGCCAGGAAGCGAGGGCGCCCCAAGCGACUAACCCCCGGCCCAGAGUCCCAGGACCAGAGGAGCACCCUGCCCCCCUCAGAGGGGACAGAGAAGGGGCAGAUGAGCGCCCUGCCCCCCUCUGAGGGGACAGAGAAGGGGCAGAUGAGCGCCCUGCCCCCCUCUGAGGGGACAGAGAAGGGGCAGAUGAGCGCCCUGCCCCCCUCUGAGGGGACAGAGAAGGGGCAGAGAAGGAGCAGCAUCCCCUUCUCCUCCUUCUUCUCCUCCUUCUCUGCCUUCGCCAAGAGGAGCUGUCCUUGUCGAGGUCGACACCACUUCCCCUUCCACCACCCGUCCUGCAAGCUCUCCAUCCCCCCCCACCACCCAGCAGCCUCCCCCGCCCACCUCAAAGAGGCCACGCCCUCGCCCGUCAGCGAGACGCUCAGCGAGGAGACGUUGCCUAGCGACAGUGGCAUCGGCACGGACAACAACAGCACCUCGGAGCGCAGAGAGAGGAGGGGGGGGCGAGGCGGGGGGGCCAUGUUCAGGAGGAUCCUAGAGGUCACAAGGCUAGGGGCGGGGCUCGGGGGUCAGAGGGGACCCUCGUCAGCGUGCACACAGCUGGAGUUCUGCCCCUGCCUGGGGCAAAACUCCCUGAAGAGGCUGAAAAACAAACACAAAAGGAAACACCAGCAGCAACACCUGCUCUCGCACGACCCCGCCUUCCUGUCGGAGCUGGAGGACCUGAUUGGCCAGUUCAGCGAGGUCCACAUUGGGCGCCGUACCCCCCCCCACCCCUCCUCGUAUCCCCCCCACCCCUCCUCGUAUCCCCCCCACCCCCUGCACCCCUGCCAGUCGCUCCACUGCAGGAAGGCCGACCGGCGACACUGCGGCUGCUCCUCCAAGUUCCAGGAGGCCGUGGACGACCUGGGCUUGUACAGGGGCUACCCCGCCCCCGGCCUGUACCCCCACCUCCACCCCUCCUUCCCCCUGCCGCCCCCUCACCAGUACACCCCCCACCACCCCCAGCACCCCCACCUGCUCCUCAACCCCGCCCGCUUCCACCGCAGGAGGAGCCGCCUGCCCAGGGAGGGGGAGCUGAGGGGUGAGGGCGAGGGGGAGGGAGGGGGACGUGCUGGGUUUCCUCCCGGUCACACCGUCUGUGGCUGCGGCAGGACAGAACACAAACACAAACACCGUAAGCACCGGCACCGCGCCGGCGAGCGCUGGGCCGAGGGGGAGCUGGAAGAGGAGGAGGAGGAGCAGCCGAGGUCAGAGUUCACAAGGGGCUCCGAGGAGGCGAGAAGAAGAGGGGGCAGAAGCGUGGGGUCAGUGGGGUCGCCGUGGCGACUCAAGAAUGGAAAGGAGUCCCCCUCCGCCGCCGCUAACACAGCCUCUUCAUCGUCCUCGUCCUCGGCGGAGAGGCUUAAGAACACGUCGCUCACAUGCCCGGGGCUGGGCUCCUCUCACCUGUCCUCGUUUGGUGGCAGCUGGCUGAAGAGGGGGGGCCUGGGGGGGCUCAGGCCCCCUGCUCCCUCCUGGGUGGCCUCCACAGGGGGCCGGUGGACAGGUGCACUGGGGGGGUCCUCCAGAGAGGAGGAGACACACCUGUACAGUUCCUCCCCACCCCCAACACACACCAACCUCUUCACCGCUAUCGUGGCUGGAGGGAGGGACGCGAGGACCGGGGCGGCCAAUGGGAAGCCAGGGAGCGGAGGCGUGUCACAGAGGAGGGAGGGCCCAUCGUGGACGGACAGGAGGGGAGCAGCUCUAGGGCCUGCUCCCUGGUGCGGCGGGCAGCUCUCUGUCUCCAGCAGGGGGCAAAAACAGCAGCGUGGCCCCCUGGGCAGCGUGGAGGGCAGGAGGAGGGGGCCUGGGAGGCCCCGGAAACACCCCAUGGCCCCCCCCACGGGAUCCCCCCCCCUCCCCAGAGCCCCCGGAGGCCCCCAGCAGGGAAAGAGAAGGAGGAGACACUGUGUGCUAAACCAGUGCCUCUCUCUCUCUCUCUUUUCUCUCUCUCUGUCUGUCGUCUCUUUCUCUCCGUCUUCCUUCUUGUCUCUUAGUUCUGGCGAAGGGAAGCCAGGGAGCUACGCCUCCUCAGUAUGCACCGGCCAAUCAGAGCCUAGCCAGGCAUCGCCCCAAACUCCGUCCCACCAAUUGGAUGAGAGGGUGGGCGGGCCUCCCAGGAAGACGUUUCAGAGGGCGGGGCUUUACUCAGAUGACUACAAAACUACAGACCCCCUGCAGGGGAGUGGAGACAGGGAGGAGGAGGACGACCCAGGAGACAGGGACUACAGCCUGCUGCCUGCUCCCUCAAACGUGGGGCAGUACUUGAGACUGAAGAGGGUAGACUUCCAGCUGCCCUAUGACAUCAUGUGGCUCUGGAGGCACCGGCAGCUUCACCACGCCCCUGACGCCCCCGUGCACAGGAAGAGAUCCUUCUGCCGUCCAAAGGACAGACCCAUGUCCCCUCGCCCCCUCACCAACGGGAGCUCCGCUGACAUCACCACCAUCUUCCCUCAUCUGGAUCUGGAGCCCGUGACCAGCAGUGAGAGGUGUUUUGUGUUGAAACACCGUGUGUUCCUGCUGAGGAACAGGGAGCAGAUACGAGAGAGACAACUGCGGCUGAGGAGAGACAGAGGGAGAGAAGGAGAGAGGGAAGGAGAGAGGGAAGGAGAGAGGGAAGGAGAGAGGGAAGGAGAGAGGGAAGGAGAUCUUGACUGCGCCGGAGGGUCCAGAGACGACAGCAGCAUCAAGUCAGGUCAGCCAAUGGAGGUAAAGGAGGUUGUGUCCACCAACGCCCCCCGCUUUAAGACCCCCUCCCUCUCUCUGUGCCAGGCCCCAUAACGGAAGCCUGAUCACAGAAGAGGAGGAUGCAGGAGGAGCGGGGGAGGAGGAGGUGCACAGGAGGGAACAGCAGAGGGAACGUCUGAACACACUGCUCCUGAAACUAAAGCGAGCAUGAGAAGAGAGGGAGGGGGGGAGGGAGAGAGAGGGAGAGGUGGAGGGAGGGAGAGGGGGA